CUCACCGCGAACCAUCCCCACCGAAAUCCGUCCCAAUCCAUCAUCACAAUGGCUGUCGGACGCAGCGCCGCCCUCAAAAUCGACUGGACCAAGAUCGGCACCCAGCUCGGUCUCAAGGGUCAAACCGCUUCCGCCCUCCAGUCCUUCAAGAAGCGCAACGACGAUGCGCGCCGCAAAGUGACCCUGCUCUCCGAGCAGCCGCAGACUGUCGACUUCUCUCACUACCGCUCCGUCCUCAAGAACACCGCCAUCGUCGACGAGAUCGAGAAGCACUUCAAUGCCUUCAAGCCCCAGACCUACGAUGUCGGAAGACAGAUCAAGGCCAUCGAGGCGUUCGAGGCGCAGGCCGUGAAGGACGCAGAGCAGACCAAGACCGUGGUUGACAGGGAACUGAGCGAUCUUCAGAAGACCCUCAAGAACAUCGAGGAGGCGAGGGCGUUCGAUGAGCUGACUGUGGACGAGGUUGCGGCCGCACAGCCCGACAUUGACAAGCGCACCGAGCAGCUCGUUUCCAAGGGCCGCUGGGCCGUACCAGGCUACAAGGAGAAGUUCGGAGACCUCUCGGUGCUCUAAGCGUUUUCCUUUGGUUCUUCAAAAUUCCCCGGUCUGGGUUGUACUACCUACGUGUGAAUAGUUUCAAGGUCUCAAUGCAAUCAUAGAUCACAUUUGCUCGGACAUCUCACGCGCAUACUUCCAGGCUUCCACCAUUUGAGGUUCAUGCGGUAUUGCAUUACUCUCAAAGGCAACUUCACUGUGGCUGAUUGGCAAUUGCGUGUGAUAGCGCUGCGAGAUGUUCCCAGGAAAGAUCACUGCGUAUCC